AUGGCCGACCAUUGUCUACCCUUUUCAUGGGUGCUACAUAUUGUGUGGCAGCAGCGUAUAGAGUAUGAGCAGGUAUCUGAGAAGCAUGCUCAGUGGGAUAAUUCUGGUCCCAAAACAAUCAGGAUCGCAGGCUUCUCCACUGAUAAGCGUUCACAGAUGAAAACAUCUUAG